UUCACUUUUUCCACCCUUUUUCUCUUUAUUUCUAAAACCAACGUUGUCCCGCCUCCUCCACACACACUACACAGACAGAGUUUCGAAACCCUAGGAACCCAGAAACAAAGGGGAUAAAUAAAAGUAAUCGGAGAAGAAGAAGAAGAAGCAAAAGAUAUGCCUCGUGAAAUCAUAACACUGCAAGUAGGACAAUGCGGGAACCAGAUCGGAAUGGAGUUCUGGAAGCAGCUUUGUUUGGAACACGGUAUCUCCAAGGACGGCAUACUUGAAGAUUUCGCUACUCAGGGAGGUGACAGGAAAGAUGUGUUUUUCUAUCAAGCUGAUGAUCAACACUACAUACCGCGAGCAUUGCUUAUGGAUUUGGAGCCUAGAGUGAUUAAUGGAAUCCAAACCGGUGAAUACAGAAAUCUCUACAAUCACGAGAAUAUAUUUACCUCAAAGGAAGGAGGCGGUGCAGGAAACAAUUGGGCCAGUGGAUAUCAUCAGGGUAAGAAUUUUGAGGAGGAUUUGAUGGACAUGAUUGACAGAGAAGCAGAUGGAAGUGAUAGUCUUGAAGGAUUUGUUUUAUGUCAUUCAAUUGCUGGAGGAACAGGCUCAGGUAUGGGUUCAUACCUUCUGGAGACUUUAAAUGAUCGAUACAGCAAGAAACUUGUUCAGACAUACAGUGUCUUCCCUAACCAAAACGAGACAAGUGAUGUGGUGGUCCAGCCUUACAACUCCCUUUUGACUCUGAAACGACUCACACUAAAUGCUGACUGUGUUGUUGUUCUUGAUAACACUGCACUUAAUAGAAUUGCAGUAGAGAGACUUCAUAUACAAAAUCCUUCUGUUUCUCAGACAAAUUCUCUGGUUUCUACUGUAAUGUCUGCUAGUACAACUACACUGAGGUACCCUGGUUAUAUGAACAAUGAUCUGGUUGGACUUCUUGCUUCUUUGAUCCCAACACCAAGAUGCCACUUUCUUAUGACAGGGUAUACACCACUGACAGUGGAACGCCAGGCUAAUAUGAUCCGAAAAACCACCGUAUUGGAUGUGAUGAGAAGACUUCUUCAGACAAAGAAUAUCAUGGUUUCAUCACAUGCCAGGACAAAAGAAGCUAGUCAGGCAAAAUAUAUAUCCAUACUGAACAUCAUUCAGGGGGAAGUUGACCCUACUCAGGUUCAUGAUAGUUUGCAGCGAAUACGUGAAAGAAAGCUUGUUAAUUUCAUUGAAUGGGGCCCUGCUAGCAUUCAGGUUGCUCUUUCAAGAAAGUCUCCAUAUGUUCAAACUGCCCACAGGGUGAGUGGGCUGAUGUUAGCAAGUUACACGGGAAUUCGGCAUCUAUUCUCUAAAUGUUUGAGUCAGUAUUCUCUCUUAAGAAAGAGACAGGCCUUUCUUGACAAAUACAGGGGUUUCCCUUUGUUUGAUGACAAUGAUCUUUCUGAAUUUGAUGAGUCAAGGGAUGUAAUCGAGAGUUUGGUUGAUGAAUAUAAAGCAUGUGAAUCCCCAGAUUAUAUAAAAUGGGGCAUGGAGGAUCCUGAUAAUCUCCUAACAGGGGAAGGAAGUGCUACAGGGACAGUAGAUCCAAAGUUAGCAAUGUGAAACCAACCAUGAAUGAUUAUGUAAAAAAUACUUUGUUUUGCUUCUAAAAAAUGAUGUGUAGCAUUAGCAAGCAUCGCAUCUUGAUUCGUGUGCGAGUGCAUUAAAAUGGAGAUUGUAAAUCUUAUGUGUGGGUGUGGGUGUGUGUUACAUUUGA